AUGCGGCUGAUGCAGGAGGAGACUUUUGGCCCGGUUCUCGCCGUGGUGCCUUUUUCCUCCGAGGACGAGGCGAUCCGCCUGGCGAACGGCACCGCCCUGGCGUUGACGAGCAGCGUCUUCUCGCAAAACCCGCGGCGAGCGCGGGCCAUCGCGCGGCGCCUCGAAAGCGGCCUCGUCAGCAUCAACGACCAUUUGUACAUGCACGGCAUGGCGGAGGUGCCGUGGGGGGGGUGGAAGAACACCGGGAUCGGCCGCACCCACGGCGUCCUCGGCCUGCGGGAGAUGUGCAAUGUUAAGUGCAUUAACGAGGAUAUCCUGCCCUCGCGGUGGGUGCCGCGGAAUAUCUGGUGGUACCCUUUUACCAAGCAAUCGUACGAGGUCUUGCUCGCCUCGGUGCGGCUCGUGUCGUCGUCGAAGAUUCUGGAGGUGAUCGGCGCGUUCUUCUUUAUUUUAAGGAACUGUGGCUACGUGUUCAAGCCGUGGAAGAUAUCCCACACGAAAUCGGACUAG